AUGGCGAGCGAAGCUGGAUGGUCUUGCGACGCCAAUGAUGCGGUUCACAUCACCGUUGUCCAACCGGGCGACAAAAAGCCCAAGACGCUCUCGGCGUUCCAUCCCCAAUUCACGUACCCCAUCUUUGGUGAUGAGGAACAGAUCUUCGGCUACAGGGGUUUGAUUAUCCGCUUGCGCUUUGCAGCCCAUGAUAUGCGCCCUCAUGUUCACAUUUCCUAUGAUGAGAAGUUCAAGACGAUCGGUGACACAACUGCUCUCAACCUUCUCGAUACGUUGAAGCCAUUUGUACAAGAAGAGGCUUUCGCCAAUCUUCCUGACUACGAGAAAGCCAUCCAGGACGACCCAGAUGCGAAAGACUUCAAGCCCCCGGGUGAAUUUGUCAUUGGGUAUGAGGUUGAUGAUAGGAAAUAUGAAGUCUGGGCUGGAUCACUCUCAGACCCUGCAGUGCGCAAGAUCCUGGAUCGCAUGCAGGUUCUGGUUUCUCUUUUCAUUGAGGCCGGAACUCCCUUAGAGACCGAUGACCCAGAAUGGACGCUCGAUAGGUGGAUGGUAUACUUUGUGUAUGAGAAGGUGACACCUCCGACCCCGACGGCGUCGUCAUAUUCGAUCGUUGGAUAUGCCACCACAUACCGCUACUGGUACUACCAUCGGGAUCAAUCUCAGACUCCUACCGUCAAAAACGACGAGUUCCCGGUACCAGAAGUGAACAUUGCCGAGCUUCCAGCCCGGAUUCGGAUCGCCCAAUUUCUCAUUCUCCCUUCACACCACCGCGCCGGCCACGGAACUCACCUAUAUACCACAAUCCACGCCGCCUGCAUCGCAGACCCAACGAUUCUGGAACUCACCGUCGAAGAUCCUAAUGAACAAUUUGAUGCGCUCCGCGACACAGCUGAUUAUUGUCUACUGCGACCAGAGUUCCUAAAGCACAAUGUGAACCUCAACCAUGACCCCAACGGAGCGUAUUCUCAAAGAAAACGCUCUCGCAAUGUUCCCACAUCCGCCCUCAUCCCUACCAAGCUCCUCUCCGACAUUCGCAAAUCCUUCAAAGUCGAACCCACCCAAUUCGCACACAUCCUGGAGAUGUACCUUCUCGGACAGAUCCCCAAGAGCCAUCGAUCGGCCGGUGGCACCAAUCUCGCGCGGCUCUUGAUCAAAAAGUAUAAAGCGGACAAUGAGGAAGACCGGCGCUAUUACUGGUGGCGCAUGUUGACCAAGCAGCGUCUCUAUAAAAAGCAUAAAGAGCUUCUCAGCGAAUUGGAGCUCACGGACCGGGUGGAAAAGCUCGACGCCACCGUUCAAAAUGUGGAGGAAGGUUACGAAAUUACAUUGGAUGCGCUCGAGGGCCGUCUCCCGGAUGGAGAAUCAGACGAGGAGGCAGAGGCUAAUGACGAGGCCGCCAAGGUUCCUACUGGAAGCCGGGACAAGCGCGUGAAGCGUAAGCUCACUGUUGAAGAUGAUGAGGAUGAGGAGGAUGGCACAGAAAUGGCCAAGCGACCAAAGGUUUGA